UGGCGCUUCUUCCAAUUCCCCUCUUCCUUCCAAUCCCACCCGCCUCGAGUCGCCCGCUCGAGAUCCGCCCCGCCGUACUGCGACAUGCUGACGCGGGGCCGCCGCUCGUCUUCCGAGUCUCCUCGUCCUGGCCGCGAUUGAGUCAGGCAGACCAGCGCCGACAAACGAGCGGAUCCGAGGGAGUCCGACGAGGAUGGAGGCGGUGGGCGGCGCCGCGGAGGAGCGGUGGGCGUCGCUUUGCAACUGUGUGGUCAACUUCCUGCUGGAGGAGAAGUACCACCUCACGGCGCUCGAGCUGCUACAGGAGCUGCAGGAGGACGGCCGCCACGCGCAGGCGCUCCGCCUCCGCUCAUUCUUCUCCGACCCCGCCUUCUUCCCCCCCGACCUGGUCGCUCGCGCCUCCUCCUCACCGGCGGGUGCUGAUCCACAGAGUUUGCUAGAAGAGAAAAUUGCAGCAGAAGAGAAGUUGGCACUCACUGAGUAUGAUCUCCGACUAGCCAAGGAAGACCUUACAUGCUUGAAGCUUGAGUUGCAAAAGCAACAAGAAUCAUCUCCUGAUAAUACAAUUGAUGCUUCUGCACAUGAAGGAUUCAACCAACAGGACCAACGAGAUGUCAAAAUUUCAGCAUUAGGCCCUCUGAAAGAUAAUGAACGGAAAGAUCUGAACUGUGCUGUAAAGGAAUACCUGCUUUUGGCUGGGUAUCGACUUGCAGCCAUGACUUUCAUUGAGGAGGUUCUUGAUCAGGAUCUUGAUGUUUGGACUAACAGUUCAGCUUGUGUGCCUGAUGCCCUUCGUCGUUAUUACUACCAGUAUCUUUCAUCUACCACUGAGGCGGCUGAGGUGAUGGUGACACUGAUGACUAUCCAAGGGUCAGCUUUGAAUAAAAAGGGCAUCCCGGUGCAUGUAGCUCCCGCUUACGCAGGGUCGAGGGAAGGGUCCGACCACUUUGGGUCUUUUUUAAAUGCUAAUUCUAUGGGAGAAGCAGCAGCAUUGAUCAAUGAACAUGAAAACCUCAAAGGAACUGAAUCUAUAACUAUUAAGCUAGUAUCAGCAGCGGCUCUGACUGAGAACACACGGAAAGAUCAUAAAAAUACCGAAAGUACUAUUGAAGGUUCCCCAGGUUCAGAAGCACCAGUUUCUUGCUCAACUGCUGGGGGCGGUGGUUAUGGUACUUCAGGAGAAGAUGAAUCUGGCACAGAUACUUCUCCGGAAGGUAUAUCUGUUAAUGGCACUCAGCAUGGAGCUGGUAACAGCCAGGAGAAUUCAGGCAGCAUAUCAGUUUAUGUAUCGGAAGAUAAAGUUAACACUGAGAUAGUAGAGAGUCCAAGUAUACAUAAAUCGUCAUAUAAGAUGGCCUUGGAAACUAUCAAGAUAGUUUCAGAUGCUCUUCCAAAGAUAGUUCCAUAUGUGCUCAUAAACCAUCGCGAGGAGCUUCUUCCAUUGAUCAUAUGUGCUAUAGAAAGACAUCCAGAUAGCGAUGUACGGGAUUCGUUGACUCACACAUUGUUUAAUCUGAUAAAACGGCCUGAUGGACAACAGAGGCUUAUUAUAAUGGAUGCUUGCGUGGAAUUAGCCACGAGUGUUGGGGAGAUGAGAACAGAGACUGAAUUACUACCACAGUGUUGGGAACAGAUAAAUCACCAGUAUGAGGAGCGUAGGUUGCUUGUUGCUCAGUCCUGUGGAGAACUGGCAAUAUAUGUUCGUCCCGAGAUACGCGAUUCCCUUAUCCUAUCUAUUGUGCAACAACUUGUCGAAGAUUCUGCAACUGUUGUAAGGGAGGCUGCAACACAUAAUCUGGCCUUGCUGCUUCCUUUGUUUCCGAACAUGGAUAAAUAUUAUAAGGUUGAGGAGCUAUUGUUUCAGUUGGUCCGUGACCCUUCUGGGGUAGUGGUGGAUGUUGCUCUCAGAGAACUUGUUCCUGCAGUAGUAGGAUGGGGGGGUAAACUGGAUCAGAUAUUGAGAGUGUUACUGUCACAUAUCCUGGCAUCUGCUCAGCGUUGUCCAUCCGUUUCAGGGGUGGAAGGUACAAUAGACUCUCAUCUCCGUGUUUUAGGAGAACAAGAACGAUGGACCAUUGAAGUGCUCCUUCGGAUGCUGACUGAGUUGUUACCAUUUAUUCAUCAGAAAGCUAUAGAGACUUGUCCAUCAAUAGACCCAUCAGAAAACUACAUUUCAGAAUCCAGCCUAAAGCUGUAUGCAACAGGUGAGACAGAAUGGUCAGCAUUUGAGUGGAUGCACACUGAGUGCCUGCCGGAUUUGAUCAAGCUUGCCUGCUUGUUGCCUGCAAAAGAGGAUAGCUUAAGAACAGUGAUCACAAAGUACCUGUUGGCCGUAUCUGGACGCUAUGGAAAAGAUUAUCUCGAGCACAUUAUGUUACCUGUAUUUCUUAUAGCAGCUGGUGAUAUUGAUAGUGGUGAUUUUACCUAUUUUCCUCUGUCAAUCCAGUCCAAAGUUCGUGGUUUCCGUCCGAAAACUUCUGUUGCUGAAAAAAUCGCUAUCAUUUGUGUUCUUCCAUUGCUAUUGUCUGGUAUUUUGGGUUCUCCUUCAAGUCGUCAACAGUUAGAAGAAUAUUUAAGGAAAUUACUUAUCCAAAACACGAAGGAUGGUUCAUUUUCUAUGCAUCACACUGCCGAGAUCAUUGAUGCGAUCCGGUUUCUUUGCAUAUUUGAGGAGCACCAUGGAGUCAUCUUUCAUAUUCUGUGGGAGAUGGUUGCGAGCUCUGAUACCAAUUUAAAAACCAGUGCUGCAGCUUUACUGAAAGCACUUGUACCCUAUGUUGGCGUGAAAGUUGCAUCGACUCAUGUUUUGCCAGCACUCAUUACUCUUGGUUCUGAUCAAAACUCGGCUGUAAAAUAUGCUAGUAUAGAUGCAUUAGGAGCUGUUGCUCAGCAUUUCAAAAGUGACAUGGUUGUUGACAAGAUACAUAUUCAAAUGGAUGCCUUUCUUGAAGAUGGAUCACAUGAAGCUACUAUUUCGGUCAUUCGUGCACUUGCAGUAGCUGUGCCGCAUUCAACAGAUAGACUACGUGAAUAUCUUUUAACCAAGAUAUUUAGACUUACAAGUGCCCCACCUACUGAAAAUGAUAUUGAACGGCGUCGUGAAAGAGCAAAUGUAUUCUGUGAAGCGCUGCGUGCUUUGGAUGCUACAGAUCUUCCUGCUACAAGUGUACGUGAUCUACUUUUGCCCUCUAUACAGAACUUGCUAAAAGAUUUGGAUGCUCUAGACCCUGCACACAAGGAGGCACUAGAAGUUAUAGGCCGGGAAAGGUCUGGAGGUACGCUGGAGAGCAUCGGCAAGGCAAUGGGGGCACACCUUGGGAUCGCGACCUCUGUCAGCAGUUUCUUCGGCGAGAGCAAUCUGCUUGGGAAGAAAGAGGGUGGAGAGCAGCACGACCCUGCUGCUGCUUCUGUUCCUCCGCAGGUGGGCUUACAAACUCAGCAGGAGAACACGAGGUUUGGUCGCAUAAUGAGGGGUGGAUUUGGAGACAUGUUGCGAGGCAAAGCAAAGGGCGGUGAUGAACCCAGCUGAUAUUAUCAACGUUGUCAAUCAAUACAAUAUUUUCCAAAGCUUGAUUUCGGUCGUCACAGCAUGAAUAAGUUAAUGUAGAACAACAUGUUUGUUCAUUGUUUGUACUUUGUAGUGAGAUGGUAUCCAUGAGGAUGCCGCGCUUUCCCUAGCUAAGCGAUCCAAAAUUAACGAGGUGUAAUCUCAGAUCAAACAUGUUAUAUACGUACAUGAAGGUAGCAAGUGCUCCUGUAUUUUUAUUUUAUAUUUUAAAUAUAAACCAUGGCGACAGUUUCUGCGUCGACAACUAUUCA